AUGACUGAGCCCGCUUUGUUCUCUGUCAUUAUUCUUCUUGCGGCAUCGCAUUAUGCCUCCUUGCAGGGUAACCCUGGCGACAUGAGGAUCAACCUCCUCAGUCUUCGCUAUGAAGCUGUAUCAUCCAUCAAUCGCAGUCUUGAUGCUCAACGGCCAGAGAGUACAUAUGAUGCUUUAAUAGGGGCCAUAGCAAAAAUGGCAAGCUACGAAGCCAUGUUCGGCAGUCUUGAGAAUUACGAUAUCCAUAUGCAGGGUCUUGCAAAAGCCAUUAGUUUACGAGGGGGCCUCACAUCGCUUGGACUUAAUGGCUUGCUCCAUCGGAUCGUGGUCUGGAUCGACCAAAACGCCGCUUUCUUGCAUGGAUCAUCCAUAUAUUUCCCCAUGGACACCAGCGCGUCAGGUGAAACCCCAUCAGAUCCGAAUCCUGGCCAAUUUCUUGGAAGGUCCUGA